AUGCGUGCCCCAGUCUUCUCGUUGCUAGAGCGAGGACAAGCGCGAGGAGCUUUGCUGGCCGCCCACGCCGCCGCCAGCGACCGCGAGGACGCGCAGCAGCAGCUGGCGCAGCCACUCAAGACGCUGUCGGAGGAGCUGGAGCUCGUGGCGGCCGCUGCGACGACCGUGCCGCUCGCCGCCGCGCUGACCCCGGACUUCUAUGCAAGCUACCUGCUCAUUGUGCUGCUGGCGAAGAAAAUGAAUGACGCGCGGUUCCUGUGGAAGCGCAUCGCGCGGAGAACUCCGAGGAGCUCCCGUGCUGUGUGGGAGAUCGGCAAGGCGCUGUGGCAGCCUGCCACCCGCGAGGGCACUGCAGAGCUGCUGAGUCUUGCGUAUUCGACAAUUUCGGUCAGCGACGCCGCGCUGGGCUUAGCUCGGCACGAAGACGCGAUGCAGUACUGCUCGUCGCUGAACUGGGAGGUGAAUGCGGCGGACCAAAUGAUCCUGCCAGAACACGGUGUUCAAGCCCAAGAGCAGCAAGAGCAACAGCAGCAGCUCGUCGUGGAAGCAGAAGCGGCGACGGCUCAAGACGGAGCGGCUCAGCAGCACGACCAUGGCCAUUGGGACCUCCGUCAUCUCCAAAAGCUCCCCCAGUCUGGCAACUGGUCGUCUACAUCCCCACCGUGCUCCUGUCCUCCUGCCGUGUUCGAGGCCCGUGCUGAAGUCCGACAUCUGCACGUUCGAGACGGACUUGAUGCCGCCCGGCCAAGCGCCCACGGAGCUUGCAAGGUCGCGCAGAUCGUGGGCGACGACCUGGCGGUGACGAAUCCCAUCGAGCAGAAGGCUUGCGACGCUUUCCUGCUGAAGGUGAACCAGAUCGCCAGCAACACGGCGUCGAUUGAGGCAGUGACGGUGGAGAAGAAGAGUGUGGCCGCCGGUGUUAAGAAGGGCGCUCCGUGCCAUGCUGAGCGUUUGGUCAAGUACAACCAGGCUCAGUCUAUCGAGAAGGAUCGCGACGAUAAGACAACGCUAGUGGGAAUGGAGAAGCUGGACAAACACCACGCGCCCGAGCUGGGCAUUGCCGACUUUGGCGAGAGCGAGGAGCAACGCAGACUGAGGAGACACACGCCGCUCGGCGCCGAGAAGUACGAGGUCGGAGCCACGUACACCUUCGAUAAUCUGGCGCUGGGCAACAAGGCGGGCGACUACACUUAUGCAGAUGUGCUGUACACGGCCGAGCAGUUCGUGUCGUUCGGGCCGCAGGCCGAGAUCAAGGAGUACUGCACGCUGUUGUCGUACCAUAUCCACCGUCGUCGGCAAUCCUGCGUCGGUGCCCAGGGACGCCUGCACCAACAACGGAACGCACUGCCUCCGUUCCUGGCGUACUCGGGCUCGAGCAACGUCACGGCCUCAGUCGUGUACGUGUACAGCACGACUUUGUAUGAAUACGUGUAA